AUGAUUCAACUGAAAGAACUCCCCCCUCCCCCUCCUUAUUCAGAAACCCAGCCGUCUCCCGACCUAGAUCAACGCUACGAUGAGGAAGCCGCUUAUGACGACUACCAAGGGCUCGAAAGAGUUAGGAGGAAUACUAUCCGCCCGGGUGCUAUUGAGCGUUGGUGGAAUCGUGGCCUUGCUCGCCGUAUUUGUUGUAUUCUCUGCAUAAUCAUGGGGGUGGCUGCGCUACCAUACGUGAUCCUCGCGCUCAUGAUGAGCCAAUAUAGGUUCUAG